AUGUCGUACAAGAGCGAGGACGAGGCGCAUGCCGCCUUCGAGCUCGUCUCCAUGCGCCAUGGUCGUGCGAGCGUGUCGUUUGAAAACUCGCCCACUCCCUCCUCCUCCGCCCCAAAAAAGCGCACCAAGGCAGCGUCCGACCCCAAACCAUCCACAUCGAAAAAGCCCGCCGACGACACUACCGACACCAAGGCCAAGAAGCGCAGGAGGGUGGUGGUGGCGUGCGACACGUGCCGCCGCAAAAAGAUCAAGUGCGAGGGGCUGCCGAAUCCGUCGAAUACGUGCAACAACUGCACCGCCUACAACUACCGCUGCACCUUCAGCAGCGACGCCGACCGCUCCCGGGGCAAGUACGAGAUCCUCGAGAGCAGGGUCGAGACGCUCCUCAGUGCGCUGCGCUCCGUCGCGCCGCAUGUGGCGCAGCAGUACGAGCGCGGCGAGCUCAACGUCACCGGUCCUAGCGGCUCGAGUGCUCCACCGCAAAACGCAAAUGCGUGGCAGUCGCUUGCGAGUCAAAAGACGGGCAUCGAACAUACGGACGAUUCGGAUCCGGCGCCAGAGGACGCCUCCUACAGUUCUGCAUAUGCACGCCACGACAACGAGCUGCCGUCCAGCUCGGCCGUACGACUGCAGCGCGGUGGCAGCGAUCCAGACGAGCCAGCACAAGCAUCCAGAAACGCUUCCGGGCAGGCGGCGAGCGCCACUGCUGCUUCGAACCGCGAGGAGCGCGAUGCGCUGCUUCCCGAUGUCGAGGACGGAAGGCCGCGCUACUUUGGCCACUCGUCCGCCAUGACGCUCUUCAACACCAUCGCCGCCGACAGUCGUCCCCCAAGUCCAGGCGCAGGAUCACGGCACGCCCACACCACCAACCACGCCGGCAUUAGCUACGAGACACACCGCCACGGCUCGCACAGCAAAAGCAAGUCGGCCGCCACCCCGAUAGCAGGCUCUUCGUCUGCAGUGCCGGCGUCUGCGUCGGGCACAGCAGCAAAGGGCGCACCACGGCCGCUGUACCCAACCAACUCCAAGGAGUGGAUCCAGCUGCUGCGGCGCAAGAACACCGUCGCGGUCGGACGCGACGAUGCAGUCACCGAAGAGUGGUUCGAGCGCUACACGCUGCCCGACCACGACCUCAUCCGCGACCUGCUCGACCUGUUCUUUGAAAAGCUGCAUCCGCUCAUGCCCAUCGUGCACCGCCCCUCUCUCGAGCGCGACCUGGCCUCGGGCCGCGCCGACGUCGACUCGGCCUUCCGCGGGUUCGUCUUCACGAUCCUGGCGAUCGCGUCGCGCUUUAGCAACGAUCCACGCGUGCUCGCCGAUUCGGGCGACCCAGAUACGGCGGGCGACCACUUUGCCGCCGCCAGCAGGCUGUACCACCAGGUGUACGCCGCGAGCCUCAUCAACGUGCAGGUGAUGAUCAUCACCGCCACGUUUAUGCAUGGCGCCAUCGGGCCCGGCGCGAGCUGGACCGUGCUGGGCGUGGCGAUUCGUGCACUGCAGGAUAUCGGCUUGCAUCAGGAGAAGGCCUACCGCGGCUUUUCGCCGUACGAGAAGGAGCUCAGGCGACGCGUGUUCUGGGGCGCCUUUAUCCUCGACUGCAUCUUUUCCAUCAACAUGGGUCGACCGCUUGCACUCAAGCUCUCGGACUGCGACGUCAAGCUGCCGCUCGAGAUUGACGACGAGACGCUGUUCCAGUACGAAUCGGGUGGUGCCAUCCCCACUCCGCCGGCGCGCGGUGAGGGGGAGAAGCCGAUGGUGAUGAGCGGCUUCAUCCACAUGAUCAAGCUCAACGUGAUCGUGCAAGAUGUAGUCCACGUUCUGUAUUCGCCGCGCUGGCGGGCGGAUGCGGGCAAAAAGAUGCAGCCCAGCAAGCAGCGCUCGGUGCCCGAGUACAAGGAUAUGGUGAUCCUCUCGAAGCGGCUCGAGGAAUGGGUGGCCGAAACCCCCGCGCAUCUACGCACGAUCGAGAGCCCCUUCCGGUUGCAGGCGGGCUUGGUUCAGUGUGGCACGCACGACAUCCGGCUGUACAUCCUCAAGCCGUUCCUGGAGCACAGUGCGUUGCGCAAGAUGCUGCAUCCGCAGUGCGUCUUCCACGCGCGCGAGUGCCUGCGCGUCGUGAUCGCGCUGCACGAGGGCGACCACAUGAGCGACCUUGUAUUCAUCUUUCAGCAGGCCUUCAUGAGCACGGCGACGUUCAUGAUCACGGUGUGGCACGAGUGUCGCGACGCCGAACGGCUGGCGGAGGACAACGAUCUGGUGGAAUCGACGCUGCGCAUCUUUGCCGCCUUUGACGACCGCUACUUUUCGCGCCUGUUCAGGAGGGCCCAUCGCAUUUUGCGCGAUAUCGCGCUGAGGUCGAUGCAUACGAUGACGUCGGAUCAGCGCGAGCGCGUGAGCCGCAUGCUGGUGCGUGCAGACCAGCGCAUGGCAGGCGCCUUGCCGGGCGUCAUGCUAGCUGGCAAAUCGACACUGCAGCAACCGAGGAACGAUCCGGCCUUGCCACCGUCCGCGCGCAUGGCGGCGAGGGGCGAGAGGUUCGAUCGCCGCCCCAGCGGUCAAUUGGGCGAGGCAGGCACAGCGCCCAUCUCGGCGGCUUCGUACAUCCACACCUGGUCGCCUAUCCCCAGCGCACCCAUGUCGCCCAACCGCACCUCGCUGAGCGAAACGAGCUAUUCGGACGCUCCGAUCACCUCGGCAGCAUUUGCACAGUUCAUGAUGGACAGCGCCGCCGGUGCAACCUCCACCAGCAGUGGCGGCGCAACCGCAUUGACGCAGGGAGCGUACAACCUGGGCGGUGCGGAGGCGCGUGCCCACGACGACGCCAACGGCGGGCCCGACUCGGGCGCCGGCAAGAUGGCGAUCCACCCUGCGUCGUUUGGCGAUGCACGCGGCAUCAUGCCCAUGUACGCCGACGAUCCGGGCUCGGUGGCGCACCAGCUCGAAGAGCUCUCGUGGACGGACUACUUCUCCAAGUUCCUGGACGAUAUUGGUGGGGGCACACCCAUGAGUGCGGGCCCCACGAGCGGCUCGGGCAGUAUGGCGUCGCACUCGUACAACGCCACCGCACACGCACACACGCCCGGGUCGAAUCUGGCGGCACUGGCGCAUUCGCCGGCGGGAUCCGUGUUCAACGAGAUGCCGUUCGGCAUGGGCUCGCCAACGUCACCCGCCAACCAUGCCGCGCACUCGCAGUCGCCCCGACGAUCCAUCCACCCCUAA